AUGACGGAGCGAAUGGCGACGCCUGGUCUGCGACGCCUUCCUCCAUAUUGGCACGAGUAUAAGACUCGUGCAAAGACUCGCUGGUAUGGUCGCCAGAUCCUAGAAGUGUUCACGACAGAGUUUCGCGAUCGCACAAAGGAAUACUACAUAUGGGCCAUCCAUCAUGGACUGUGCACGGUAAAUGGACACCCAGUAACGCCGACGUAUCAGAUCCAAAAUAACGACUUUCUUGUCAACAGAGUACACCGGCAUGAGCCUGCUGUUACGAAUGCGCCGGUGCGCAUCCUUCACCGAGACGAUAGCCAAGGCCGCAUCGUUGUUGUCAAGCCAGGAAGCAUACCUGUGCAUGCGACUGGCCGAUAUCAUCAUCACACGUUGGUGGAAAUGGUGAAAGAGCAGGCAAAGCUUCAGAACCUGUACACAAGCAAUCGGCUGGACCGACUCACUUCAGGUAUCAUGGUUUGCUCUACGACGAAAGAGGCUGCCUGUGAACUGGGCAAUGACUUUAAUGCUGGGCUCGUGAACAAGGCAUACGUGUGCCGAGUCGUAGGCCGUUUUCCUGAUGGCAUCGUUGACUGCACCGAGCCAAUUUUAAGUGUCGAUCGGCAAAGCGGGCUGAACAUCGUACAUCCCAAGGGCAAAGAGUGUAGAACCCUGUUCCAGCGUCUCUCAUAUGACGCUGCCACCGACUCGAGUGUGCUUGUUUGUCGUCCGAUCACCGGUCGCACACACCAGAUCCGCGUACAUGCGCAAUGGCUCGGCCAUGCCAUCAGCAAUGACCCCCUUUACAAUCAUCCUGUGUGGGCGACAGUGGAUCGUGACGUGCUAUCAACUGCACAGCCGCGUCACUACGAGCGAGUGGGUGGCGAGUCUGGCAAUGUCGAGGUAGAGCGUGUAUUGACAGCCCUAAAAGGCCAGCGGGACGACUCGGAAGGCUGGGCUCGCUGGCGCGAUCAGGUCCUUUUUGGCGCUUUGAAUCGACAGUUGGGAUACGAGGAUAUCUAUGUGCCUGGACCCAACGGACAGCCAGCAUACCGGCCGUCAUUUUGUCAAGCGCAUGACAAUGACGACGAUAGCAACACCAAAGAUAACAAGGGCACUGAUGGCGCGAAGGACGUUGAGGCUGCUGCCACUGCCACUUCCGAUACCUGCAGUGUGUGUCACAUUCCCUUGUUACCCGACCCUGCACCAGGUGAAUUGUUUAUCUAUCUUCAUGCCAUCAAGUACUGGACCGACUCGUGGGUAUUUGAAGAUGAGUUGCCAUGGUGGGCAUGCACAACGACCUGGCAAAAUCCUGACGCUCCACCGCAGCACGAGCGACUCCCGUCGUUGCCACUCAUAGAACACCAUGCUGGCCACGAUGCCCUGGGGCUCGGAAAGGGCGGCGCGCAUCGACGGGUAGAUGCAUCAUCAUCCAGCGCUAUUUCACCUGGCAUAUCUCUCGGCAAUAUACCCUACGCAUCGCGCCCACAACACAAUGUGUCUGACCGAGAGAUGCCUCCAGUGUGCGUGGAAGUGACUCGCGGCUUGGAAGAUGCAGUCCAACGUGAGCUUCUCCAGUGCGUGCCACACACGGACACAUGUUGCAUCACCACAGCGUUGCAUUCUGGAAUUCUCAAAGUGGAUGCGCCGCUGCAUGCUCAUGUGUUGGCUUGCUACAAUGCCGAUGAGCUCCCGAUAGCAAUCGCUUUGUACUUUUUGAUGGGACAUACGACUCUCCCCCGGGUUAUGCUCGAUGCUCUUUUCGCCGAACGUGUAGAGGCGCUGGGGAAGUCUGGUCCACAGCACGAGAAAAACGCGCCGCCGACGCCCUCGGAGCACGCGCUGCUUGCUUGGCUCGAGGAGUUAUGGGAUGCUCAUGCUGGUGACCGUAUACAUGCACUGGCAGCAUGGAAACAUCAUGCGGCUGGAACACCCCCACAGACAUGGUGUGUGGUUGUGGAUCGGAGCAGUUAUGUGUUUCCGACGCUGAGCACAGCUGCUUUGGAGUCGCAUAUAUCCAAGCUUGUUACUACAUGGCUCGACACAGAGGCUGUGCCGGCCUUGCCAGCCCCUCGCUCACAGGCUGACAUGCUGAUUAAGUGUACGUUUGCACCACGCUAUGGUGUGGAUGAGUCGCUUGUCUCAGGACCGCGUGCGAGACAAGGAAAUCCCUCUGGGACCUGUUUCUUCCAGCUUCAUGUGCCGGGCACGCUGGCCGUGUCGUCAUCCGAUGCGCUGCGAACCCGAAUUGCACGCGCACGUGCGCAUGCGCUAUCUGCGUUGUUGCCGAUUGGUGAUGGUAGAUGUCGCAUAAGCACAUGCAACAGCACGACGCCGUCAUUCAUCGAGGCCUUGGAGCACAUGCUCCGAGUUCGGGGGCGGGAGGCGUGUGUUGUGCGCGGUGCACCCAAGCAAGCAUACAGCAUGCAAAGCAUGCUGGUCGAGAUGCCUGAGCGUGCACGCGACAUGCCACAUGCUUUUCUAUUUGAUCACUACAUGGCAGAGCUUGAACACAUUGCGCAAGGCUUGGAGCCUGGCGGGCAUGCACUCGUUCUAGCCGACGAGCCCAAGACACUUCAACGUGCAGUGCGUGAGCUCGAGAAUCGUGCUAGGCGCGAGCAGCAUGAGCACGUACUGCGCUGGAGCCCUGUGACCUGGCUCGAUACGAGGGCUUGGCCGUCUGAAGACGCGCGGACGUUGGCCGACGCGCGUGUCGAGUCACAGAUGCGUGGAGGUUGGCGAUCAUAUAUGUACCAUCGGACAUUUUUGGGGAUGCUUGUGCAAGCGCCGCUAUAUGACGUAAGCAAGGCGACGGUCUCUUCUGGUUUAUAG